CUAAUGGCUAGGCUGUAUGUCUCGCCGCGCACGAUUCAUUUAUUUUGAAGACCAUUCUAGUUCCAUAGAGCUAAUAGAAUCUGUGGUGUGCCGUUGCUAGCCAUUUGGACUCUUACUGGAUGAUACACAGCGACAGGAAGAGGAUGGUACAUUCUGUGAGUGGAAGAAUGGAAUAGUUUUUGAGUGAGCGACCUUGGCGAAGGUGUUCAUUUUCAGAUGGCUCUCUUCAUUCCCGGUGCCAAAUAUAGAUCUAUAAUUUCGUGGGCAGCGUGUGAUCCAACGAGGCAGCCGCUCGCUUUGUCGGUUGCUUAGAAGCUUUUGAAGAGGGGAGCCUUUGCGCUGUACAAAGAGAGUGUUGCUACGUCACUACAAGAAGUAGAGACAAUACGCCGCGUUGGUUACGCCCGUCCGUCGUCGCGGUGCAAGCAUGGUGUGGUGGUACGGACACGGAAUCGUCUCUUCCUGGUCUCCACUAGCGGCGAAACUCCCCACCAUGGACGGACGAUGAGCUGCGAUGAACCGCAACAUGCAGGUGGUCCCUGCCGACGCCAAUGAAGUUGUUGAGAACACGGAUGAACCCCCGUCCACGGAGACCUGCUGUUGCCUUACCGACACGAGGAGGAAAACCAUCCUGGGCGGGAUCGCCACACUGGGGAUCGGCGGGUCGUGGGUCGCGUCAACCCAGUUGGCCCAGGCCACGUACCAGCCGUACUUCCACGCCCCCUACCUGGUGGUGUGGUUCUGCAGCGUGUGGAUGGCGGCCACCUUUCCGCUCUACUUCGCCUCCGUGCGCACGUGCACGAGAGAGAACAAGCCGCUGGCGACUACCGUCAAGGAGUGUGCUAAGGUGUUCGGUGAGCAGGGUCUGACCGUGAAGUCCUUCCUGGUGCGGGCGGCGCCGUUCUCCGUGCUGACCGUGGCGGCACACUACAUGUUCGUGCUGGCCCUCAGCCUGCUGCCCGGCACGGACGUCUCCGCUCUGUACGUCUCCAACGUCUCCUUCGUGUACCUUCUGUCCUGGAUACUGCUCAGGGAAAAGUUCGCUUCUGCCGGGAUCAUGUCGGUGAUUUUGGGGAUAUCUGGGAUCGUGCUGAUGUCAUACUCAGACGGCUUCGGCGGUUCUUCGCUUUUAGGGGUAGCGCUGGGGGUGGGGGCGUCAGCCGGGCAUGCCUUGUACAAGGUACUGUUUAAGUGGUUACUGGGAGAGGCAGACUCAGGCCAGGUGGCGCUGUUCAUGACGUUACUAGGACUAUGCACUCUGCUGUUUCUGUGGCCGGUCGGACUGGUUCUGUACUUCACGGGGGCAGAAAUAUGGGGCUUACACGCACUGCCUUGGCAAUACCUGUGCGCCACCGCCGGAUUCAACUUCGCCUUUAUACAGCUGAUCAACUUUGGAGCUGCCUUCACAUUCCCCAUCUUCAUCUCAGUCGGCAUCCUCGUCGCAGUCCCGGUUAACGCAGCGGUGGACGCCAUAGUACACAAUAAGACAGUGAGCGCCAUCAAAGUCAUGGCGAUCAUUAUCUUCAUCAUGGCCUUCCUACUGCUGCUGUUACCAGACGGCUGGGAGGAACAGGUUAGGAAGGUGAUACCGUGUAAGAAGAAGGGGCCCCCGCAGGAGGAGCUCUUCACCUCCAGGAGUUUACGCAGAAUCCACAGCUGUUCCCCCUCGCGCGCGUCGAACGCUUGACUCGGAAACAGUCGUAAAAACCCCGAGCUUUCGCGAAGAUGACUGAGCGGUAUCACGGAGAGUUGUAUCACGCGAGACGUUGGAUUCUUACCUUCUCAACCUUUUCCAAAAAAUUGCUGAGAAAUCAUCUAAGAAACUAUGGUGGGACAACAUUGACUAAUGCAUCACUUUGAUAAUGAUAUAUUUCUAAAGAUAAGUGACAAUAGAUAUGAUAUCAAACUAUGUGCGACCAGCAAUAGUAACUGAUCAUCCCUGAAAGAACUGUUGCAGAACUACAACCUCAAGAGCACUGCUGCGAUGCACAACUUUUCACUUCAACUACUUUACUAAAACCUGUCUUCGAUGGUUUGUUCUUUACAAGUUGUAUGGCAGAGCUACAUUUACCUUGGUGUGUUAUUUCAAAAAUUCAAAUGAUAGACUAGUAGCUAAUGACAAAGGGCCUUACAUCUGUGUCAAGAAUG